AUGAGGAUGGGUUCCCUUUUGAGUCUGGUUCCUCUCGAGGUUUCUUCCGGUGUGUUAUGGACUCUCCUGCUCCCCCUGCUGGUUGGGAGUACUUCUAUUUCUCAGGAACUGUUUCCGACAGACUGCUCUGAUGUUUACUCUAAUGGACAGACACUCAGUGGAGUGUAUACCAUCUAUUCUACAGGGGAAACACCUGUCCAGGUGUACUGUGAUAUGGGAUGUGGUGGAAGCCAAACAGAGGAUGCAAAGUGGACGGUGUUUCAGCGGAGGCUGGAUGGCAGUGUGAAUUUCUAUAGACCAUGGGAACACUACAAGAAAGGGUUUGGGAACAAGUACGGAGAAUAUUGGCUUGGAUUGGAGAAUCUCUACCAACUCACACGCAAGAGGAAAUACGAGCUGAAAGUGGACCUGCAGGACUUUGAUGGAGUGACAGUUUAUGCCCAGGAUUCUUCUUUCUCAAUAGAAUCUGAAACUGAUGGCUAUAAACUCCAUGUUAGCGGCUUUACCAAUGGAGGUGCAGGUGAUUCUCUGGAGACAAGCAAUGGGCAGAAAUUCUCUACCUUUCAUAAAGACCAGGACUCCAAAGAAGAUGCUAACUGUGCUAAAUCCUACCUCGGAGGUUUUUGGUACAAUCAGUGCCACCAUGCUAACCCCAACGGGAUAUACCUGUGGGGACGUGAUGGUACUUUUUUUGCCAUUGGAAAUGUCUGGUACCAUUGGAAAGGUUUUGAUUAUGGUGUCAAGUUCAUCACUCUGAAGAUCAGACCUGUGUCUUAG